AACUCGGGCCGCAUACCACGGUGGCGCGUCUUUCUCGAACGUGGCCAGUAAAACACGUAAUUGCUUUCAAUUCGAUCCACGCGCACGAUUCAUAUUCUCGUCAUAUUCGUUAUCAGUGUAUUAACGAAAUUUCUUGAAGAGUGCUCUGUGACGUUUGUGUUUAUCGUGCUCGAUAGCUAGUCAGGCAAUCGAUCGAACAAGUAGUCACGAUGCUCAACGAUCUUGAGCGUGGCUUUGAAACGCGAACGAUCGUUCGUAGAUCGGAUCACAGUGGUCGAUGAAAGAGGAAGAUCGUUGAAAUACGCUGUAUGUGGUACAUCAGGUGGUCAGAAAAUAAUCAUGGAGAGUGUCCUCGAAUAACCUUGAAGAUCACGCCUAUGAUCGUUACCUGUACGACCAUCUUAAAACUCGCUCUAGAUAAAAUUAUUCUUUUUCUUUUUCUUCCUCUUUCUCUUUCUCUUUCUUUCGUUAGGUUUACUUAACGAACGAAAGAAACUACGUCUUUCGUGCGAGUCACUCCUCGAAUUAAAUGAUACGUCUACAACGAUCAGUUUCAUCGAUCUCCUUGAUCGAGAUUGUCGAAGAUCGCGGAUAAGAUAUUGGUAUCUAUUUAAUAUUUUAAUCUUUGAUUAUUCCAUCCAAAAGGAACAAGUUCGUGCUCGAUAGUUAUUCGCAAACCCAAGUGUACCUUUCCCGAUCGAUACCUGUACCUGAACCGUGGGAUACAAUUCGAAACAGGUGGAGGACGGUCGCUAGGAUAAAACUUUUUUUCGUUGUUGUUGUCUUGAGAGAAAGUCGGACCAUUGGGAGUACUUCCAACGACGUAUCUUGAACCGUUCCAAUCGUCGUCGUCGUCGUUAUUAUUGUUGUUGUUGUUGUUAUUGUUGCAUUAGUAUCAAUGUAUUUCUGACUUGAACUCGUUCUCAGUUAUUAAUGUUAUAUGAAUUUAUCGAUUCAUUUUUAAACGAUCUUGAAAAUAAGCGCGAUAGCGUGUAUUGUGGUUACAGAAUAAAACGAACAACGAUUCUCGAGUUCUAUCUUUAUUUGAUAAGAACAACGCCGGAUGUCUAUCUUCGGUAGUAGACCGUUAUCUGAACGAGCAAUCGUUGGGACUCGAUAAGAGUUAAUAACGAUUAAAAAAAAAAAAAAGAAGAAGAAGAAGAGAGAGAGAAAGAAAAAAACUUCAUUAUAUCGAGUUCUUUACAAGAGAAACAACAUGGCCUUGGCGAAGAUCAAGAAUUUUAUCGACAACGGCUUGAAAACCGUGUCGACGCCUUUGGAUCGUACCGUCAACUUAGAACCGGAAGUAGGCGUCAGAAUCGUCCAUUCGCCGAAUGAAAAAACUCUCUGCGUAACCGUCAUUGGUGCAAGACAUCUACCACAAAAUUUUGGCUUUACCAGGGUCAACAGUUACGUCGUCAAGGUGAAGCUAAUACCAAGUAAAGAAAAAUUCGAGACAACUUCGAAAAACGAAUCGUGGCCUCAAUGGAACGAGGAAUUCACUUUUCAUUUGCGAAAAGAGACAAAGAUCAAGUUCGGUAAGUCGAAGGUCGUCGAGGAAGAAAUAAAUGGCUCGAAAUUCAUCGUAGUCACGCUCUAUGCCAUUCUCGAAGACAAACCGUUGAUAGCAACGGAAAAGAAAGAAGCUGAUAAGGAGAAAAAUUCGUCACCUGCGAAAGACUCUGCAAAAAAGGGUGGUAAAAAAGGACAGGAGGGAUCAUCGAAUGAUCAUCAGGAUAGCUCUAAGAGUAAGAUAUUUGGUCAGUUUUUUAGUAUAGGACACGAUAAAAAUUCGGAUGGUCAAAUCAGCGAAAGGAAGAUCUUCGACAAAAGACGAACCGUCGGUGCAACCACGAUAUCUCUCGAUUCGAAAAACUUCACGAUAAAACCACCAAAACCAAAGCACGCCAGUGACGUAUCUACUGGUGACUUGUGGAGACCUCUCAGACCGAUCAGCAGUGGCAUUUCUAUUUCCGAUGAUAAAAAAGAAAAUAAAAAGGGCAAAAUCGAGUUGUCCCUUUGUUUUGAAAAAACAGAUAAAAAGGAUGAUAAUGGUGGACUCCUCGUGUUAUGUCUUCAUCGUUUGAGGUGUUCUCUACAAACGAUGCACGAACACGAAGCAUUGAAGGGACAGAUGUACCUGAAAAUGUCGGUCAUUGAGAGCGGCAGGAUAACACAUUUUUGGAAGAGCGAUCGUUUCGCACCUUGUGUUUCGAUGAAAUUUUCACCUGACAUGGCUAGGGUCGCUGCAGAAAAUCCUUACGAGGGUGCUCUCAAGGAUGUGAGCUUCGUCAUAAAAUACGUCUCGAAAAAUAAAAUGGGUAAGAAAACGACAGUCGGUCAUUUUGCUAUCGGAUCCGACGUUGGUGGCCCUUAUGGCGAGCAAUGGAAACAGGCUCUGGCGAAACCAGGCCAGCAGAUAACGAAAUGGCAAUCAUUCGAGUAAAAAUGCAUUCGUCAAAAUAUAACUUUUUUCAUUCCGUUAUUCUUUCACUUGCCGGAGAUAAAUUUUUUAUGGUAUUCGUAAAAAAAAAAAAAGAAAAAAUUGUAGAUAUAACGAUACAAAUAUGAAAUGUCUAUUUUAGUAUACUGAAAAUAUUAACCGUCCACUACAAAUAUAAUGUUUAAUAAGAAGAAUUAAAUUAAGUUUAUUUUGGUGA